AGGGGAGGGGGCGCAGAAAGCUUGACAAAAAGACGGACUCUGUGUCUUGAGUGUGCGCCUCGCUCUGGCCCGCUCCCAGCGAACUGUGCCCUAAGUGUGUCUCAUGGGAAGGCCAGGACGAAGGUGACAAAGGCUAGGUGUCCCCCACGGAGACGCGUCAGGGUAGCCCCACGCGUGUCCGUACGCGCGCUCUCUGGGAGACGCGAUGGGGGGUGCGCAGGGCUGCACCCCCACACCGCUUGCCCGGGAGAAGGCCGAGCCCAGAAAGUGAGUGCGCGUGAGUGUGCGCGCGCCCGCAUGCGGGGGCGUGGCAGUCAACAGCAACAAACCACACGCCGGCAGGGCCAGAAACUCCCAUCUCCCUCCCUAGCCGGAAAGUGCGAGUCGGCCCAGCCUGGAGGUGAGUCGGGGCGGGGAGGCCCGGGCAGGCUUUGUUCCUGUGUAAACGGAGCGCACGUACCUGGAGCGCGACGGGCGCCCGAUAAGUGCCCUGAAUGGAGGUGAUGUAACGGUGAUGCAGGCGCCAGCCCACCCUCGCCGACAGCAAGGAGUCCUGCCUGGGGACAGGCCCGCGGGAGAGCGAGCGACCCAGAGCGCCCGGCUCAGCCUCGGUCCCGGGGAGAGGCAGGCCCUGCGUCCCGGCCCGGGUCCCGCCAUCCCAGCCAGGACCGGGCCUGGCCCAGCGCCCCGCGCCGAAUCCCUCCUACCCCCGCCCGCCUCCCGCCUGGGUCUGGAGUUGGCCCCAAAAGCUGUGCGGGAGCGGGGCCCGCGGCGAGUCCCAGGGACCCAACCAGAGCCUGGCCUGGGAGCCAGGAUGGCCAUCCACAAAGCCUUGGUGAUGUGCCUGGGACUGCCUCUCUUCCUGUUCCCAGGGGCCAAGGCCCAGAGCCAUGUCCCACCCGGCUGCAGCCAAGGCCUCAACCCCCUCUACUACAAUCUGUGUGACCGCUCUGGGGCGUGGGGCAUCGUCCUGGAGGCCGUGGCUGGGGCAGGCGUCGUCACCACAUUUGUGCUCACCAUCAUCCUGGUGGCCAGCCUCCCCUUUGUGCAGGACACCAAGAAACGCAGCCUGCUGGGGACCCAGGUGUUCUUCCUUCUGGGGACCCUGGGCCUCUUCUGCCUCGUGUUUGCCUGCGUGGUGAAGCCCGACUUCUCCACCUGUGCCUCUCGGCGCUUCCUCUUUGGGGUUCUGUUUGCCAUCUGCUUCUCCUGUCUGGCGGCCCACGUCUUUGCCCUCAACUUCCUGGCCCGGAAGAACCAUGGGCCCCGGGGCUGGGUGAUCUUCACUGUGGCUCUGCUGCUGACCCUGGUGGAGGUCAUCAUCAAUACGGAGUGGCUGAUAAUCACACUGGUUCGGGGCAGUGGCGAGGGCAGCCCUCAGGGCAACAGCAGUGCCCACUGGGCCGUGGUCUCCCCCUGUGCCAUCGCCAACAUGGACUUUGUCAUGGCGCUCAUCUACGUUAUGUUGCUGCUGCUGGGUGCCUUCCUGGGGGCCUGGCCUGCCCUGUGUGGCCGCUUCAAGCGCUGGCGUAAGCACGGGGUCUUCGUGCUGCUCACCACGGCCACCUCCAUUGCCAUAUGGGUGGUGUGGAUCGUCAUGUAUACCUACGGCAACGAGCAGCGCAACAGCCCCACCUGGGAUGACCCCACGCUGGCCAUCGCCCUUGCCGCCAAUGCCUGGGCCUUUGUCCUCUUCUACGUCAUCCCCGAGGUCUCUCAGGUGACCAAGGCCAGCCCAGAGCAAAGCUACCAGGGGGACAUGUACCCCACCCGGGGUGUGGGCUAUGAGACCAUCCUGAAAGAGCAGAAGGGUCAGAGCAUGUUCGUGGAGAACAAGGCCUUUUCCAUGGAUGAGCCGGCUGCAGCUAAGAGGCCGGUGUCACCAUACAGCGGGUACAACGGGCAGCUGCUGACCAGUGUGUACCAGCCCACCGAGAUGGCCCUGAUGCACAAAGUCCCAUCCGAAGGAGCUUACGACGUCAUCCUCCCACGGGCCACCGCCAACAGCCAGGUGAUGGGCAGUGCCAACUCGACCCUGCGGGCUGAAGACAUGUACUCGGCCCAGAGCCACCAGGCGGCCACACCGCUGAAAGAUGGCAAGAACUCUCAGGUAAGCGAACUGACCCAGAGAGGUCAGGCCAACCCCAACCAGGUUUUCCUAAGACUCUGACGUCCAGCAGCCUUUCUCCAUGGCCCACCCUGGGCUCAGUCCCCGCAAAGUAAAACGAGAUGGUAGAAGCCCUCUUCCCGGGACCGCACGGCAUCCUGAUCCUCAUUCCUCUGUACCCAGGCUGGGCUGGGCCCAGCACCUUUCCUGUCCUUGUCAUUGGAGCUGGGAGGGGCCAGAGGCCACCGACCUGAAGCAGUGGACCGAGUGGGCCCCCAUGAAGCCCUGAGUGUGUGACUGGAGGACCUAGGGCCACCUCCCUUUCCUGCCCAGCCCAUCUUCCUGGUUCCCAGGUGGCUGCAGCUGCAAGGAGCUGUCCGCAGGCCCCCAGGCUGCCUCCAACUUCCCUCUUGACACACCCCGCCCCUCACCAAAUCAUAGCCCCUAUGUCCCCAGGCUGUGGUUCUUCAGAUUGUCAUCCUCCCCUCUGUGAACAACAGGCCUCAGUGCACCGUCUUGACUCUGGACCUUCCUGGCCCUGCCAUCUUGGUGUCUGGCACUGGCUUGUCCCGCCCUCUGCCUAGAUGGAUCUCCUCCAUGAGUCUUGGAGGCCAAGCCAGGGCAGCAGUUGAUCCUUGCCCUUCUCACCAGGGCCUCCUGCCACCACCUGGACUGUGGAAGGUCACUGAGAUGGGGGCAGAGCUCAGCCCGAGGCUUGGGCACACUGCACACUGCUUCUCUCCACGGCCUAUGGGUCCCGGAUCUGAACCCCUGGGGUGUUUCACUUGAGAGCCCCUGAGCCGUCCCCAUCUUCCACAAAGCGGGUCCCACCAGCAAGCCAGGGCCAGCCCUGCCUGAGCUCUGCCCCCAGUGCCCCUCACCGUCUGGGACGAGGAUGAGCAUGCUGGGAUGAGGGCAGCUCUCUUUAUCCAGCAGUACCUCAUGGACAGCUCACUAAGGAGUUGGGAAUGGCAGGCCACCCUGGCAUCUGGGGUUCAAGGUGGCUCCUGUGGCAGGAACAGGUGUUCAUGACCCUGAUUACCUAGAUCUCACAGGUUCUGGGAAUGCUGUAGGGGCCUGCUGUGGCUAUUCCAACAUCUCUGGUCAGGGCUUGGAAGUACCGUUAGGACACGUGGGGUCGGGGUUCAGACUGCAUUCUCAGGGACCAGUGGAGAGCCCUGGACCAGAUGAACUGGAGUCUAGGCCUCUCUCAUGACUGGGACUUGUGGGACGUGGGAGGCCCGUGAAAUCCAGGACUAAAGAUUAUGCUAUUUCCUGAUGGGCAGAUAUGUAAGUAGGUAAGUGGGAUCCUCAGGUAAGUGGGAUCCAGGACUAAAGACUCUGCUAUUUCCUGAUGGUCAGAUGUGUUGAGUUUCUACCUCAUCUUGAGCAGCACCUGGAUGUGCUGGUGCCAGUUCAUCACUGGAGGAGCCUCUUGUGUUCUGAGCCCUCAGACAUGCUCCAGAGGAUCCUGGCGGUCACCUAGUGAAGAGGGUGCCUUCUCAGGACCUCCAUGAUGCUGGCACCGAGGACAGAGAUGGGCACAGCUCCAGGCUUGUGAAAAUGAGCUCUCUAUAGCAUUGUCUUCCUGGGGUUUUUCCUGCCCUUAUCCAAGGUGGGCCCUAGAGCUCAGUCCCCAGCCCAGCAGCACCUCUGGGUGCCGGGGUGGAGGGUGACGACCAGAGCAGCUCUCUGGGGAGGUGCCCUGUAGUCAGUCCCACAGCCCUCCGGUGCUACUCCCAUCCCCAGCAGCCUGUGCCUUUGUCACUGGCGUACUUUUCCAGAGCUAAAUUGGGUGAGCAAUCCCUGCAGAGUAGGACUGCAGCCCUGACUGUGGCCCCCGGCCUGUCUUUGUUGCUUGCUGAAGUCCAUGAACAGAGUGUUAUUUCCCUCCAGUGGAAGGAAAGCAGGGAGCUCUGUGGACUUCACGCUGCGCUUGGUCUAGCUUAGCAGCCCCGAGAUCCCUUAGUGAAUCAAGGCGCUGCGUUGCUUUCCUAUGUGAUAAUUUCAAAGGAGUCCCUGGCAGUGCCUGUUGCCCAGAGGCUGCAGUCUCCAGUGGACGCGGGUUUGUGUAUAGCCUGAGUCCUCUGGGGGCUCUGCGUGUCAGGCUCAGGGUGGGAUGGGCUCCUAAAAGAUGCAGACCUGCCUGUAUUCAGGAGUACCCACUGGCCCUGCUUACUCCUGCCCAGGCUAAGUGGAGAAGAAGUUAGAUGAGUUCUUAGGAGGAAAGAGGUGGCUUCUUUGAGGUGGUCGAGUGGCAUCACAAACAAGCAUUGAAUGGAAGAAAACUAGAAGAGGCAGAGCCUGUCGCACGUUCACCAUCAUCCAGCCAACACCGUGGGAAAUCUCACACCCACCACUGUCAAACCGAGGACUUUGGACUUCAUAACUGCUCAGAAUUAAAUGACCUUACCCUCCGUGGGUGAGGGCUUAUUGCCA